AUGGCGGAGACGCUGUACGACGUUCUGGAGGUGGGGGCGGGGGCAACCGCGCAGGAGAUCAAGGCGGCGUACAGGAGGCUGGCGCGCGCCUGCCACCCGGACGUCGUGAGGGCGGACAGAAGGGGCGGCGGCGGAUCCGCCGCCGAGUUCAUGCGGAUCCACGCCGCCUACGCCACGCUCUCCGAUCCCGACAAGCGAGCCGAGUAUGAUCGCCGGGUCGUGACGACCUUGGCGAUGCGCCGGCGGCCGCCUUUCGGCUGGGAAUCUUCAUCUUCCGCAUCCUUCUACUCUCCGGCAUCCCCUGGCUCGUCUUCCCCUUCGUCCCGCUACAGGCAGAGGACGUGGGAGACCGAUCAGUGUUGGUAG